GGCCAAGUCAGCCUGGGUGGUGGGCGAUGAGCUUCACCCCCGAGCAGAUCGCCGCGCUCCAGCAGCAGGGCUACAGCAACGAGCAGAUCGCCGCGGCGCAGCAGCAGCACGCGGCCGCGGCGCAGCAGCAGCAGGCCGCCUACGCCCAGCAGGUGGCGGCGGCGCAGGCCCAGCAGCAGCAGCAGUACGCGGCCGCGCUGGCAGCGCAGCAGCAGCAGCAGCUGGCGGCCCAGCAGGGGCAGGCCGGGACCGCGCAGGCGCAGCAGCAGGCGCUCUACCAGCAGCAGCUGCUUCAGCAGCAGCAGGCUCAGCAGGCCCAACUGCAGCAGCAGCAGGCUGCUCAGCAGCAGCAGGCUGCGCAGCAGCAGUCCCCUCAGCAGCAGCAGCAGCUACAGCAGCAGCAGCAGCUGCAGCAGCAGCAGCUGCAGCAGCAGGCUGCUCAGCAGCAGGCUGCACAGCAGCAGCAGCUGCAGCAGCAGCAGGCUGCGCAGCAGCAGCAGCAGGGGCAGCAGGUUCUCAACGUUCAAGGCUGCAACAACGCGACGGUGGGCAACAUCGUGCGGGGGCAGUUCGUGCCCGCGGCCGAGAACCACGGCAGGCCUGUCUACAGGAAGACGACGCAGGUGAAUGGGCUCGAGGUGCUGAUUUACUUCUGGGACGAGCGCGACGGCCCCAACUUCUGCGGCUGGUGGUUCGGGCCUAAGGUCGGUGGCGAUCAGGUGUGGGCUUACAACGCCGACAAGGCCAUGUCUCCGCCCCAGUCUGGGUGGAGGGUUCCCUACGACGGGCCCGUUGACGGCACCUUCGUGGUGGCGAGCGGCUCCGGGGGACAGUCGCAGCAGCAGCAGCAGCAGCAGCAGCUGCAGCAGCAGCAGCUGCAGCAGCAGCAGCAGCAGCAGCAGCAGGGCCUGCAGGCCUACUACCAGCAGCAGGAGCAGGAGCGGCUGCUGCAGCAGCAGCAGGCGGAGCAGCAGCGCAGGGCCCAGCUGGAGCAGCUCCGGCUGCAGCAGGAGCAGCUCCGGCUCCAGCAGGAGGCGCAGAUCAGGAAGAAGCGCGAGGAAGACGAGCAGCGCCGGGUCGAGCAGGCGGCCGCCAUGAACGUGCGGAGGGCCAUGCAGAACGUCCGCAUGGCCACGCCCGAGACGAUGGACGAGCUGGGCUCGCAGCUCGCCAGCGCGCUGGCGGCCGAGCUGCCCAGGUGCGGCGCGCAGGCGGAGCAGCUCAAGAAGGAGGCGGAGGGGCAGCUGCAGCAGUCGCAGCAGCGCUGCGAGCAGAUCAAGGAGCAGCGGGCCAAGGAGGAGGCCAUGCGCAAGGAGCAGGAGGAGAAAGCACGGCAGCUGCAGACCCAGCUGUCGGAGAUGGUGCAGAAGGCCGAGGAGGACGGCACGAAGCUCAAGGAUGCGGCGUCCCCCGCGGCCGCCGAGGGCGCCGUGCUCGGGGCGGAGGAGGCGAAGGACACCGCGAGGACGGUCGCGGCGGCGGGCGCGAGCGCCAAGGCGGCGUGCAAGGCCUGCACGGAGCUCAUCGUCACGAAUCGGCAGGCGCUCGAGGGCAGCUCUUCGACGGUCGCCGCGGCCAAGGAGCUGAGCACCGAGCUGCGGGAGGGCCUGCUGAAGCUGCAGGGCAGGCUGCAGGAGACCCUCAAGCUGAUCAUCUCCUCGACCAUGUCUUCGAAGAUCGCGUGCGAGAAGGCGGUCAAGAAGGCAAAAGCCCUGGAAGCCCUGGACAAGAGGGCCGCCGUCUUCCAGAAGUACGACAAGAGGAAGAAGGGGCACCUGGACAAGGCCGAGGUGGCUGCGUACGCCAAGGGGGAGUUCUGCCUCGCCCUGUCGGCCGAGGCCGCUGCCAGGAUAGCUGGCCGCCUGACUCCGGAGGGCGCCGCCGGGGUGCCGAAGGCAGCCCUGCAGGACCUCCGCCUGGCGGUGGGCAUCGCUGCCGAGGAGGAGGCCGCGCGCCUGCGUCUGAAGGCCGCGGAGGAGAAGAGGAAAGCGCUGGAGGCGAAGAAGAACGCCCUGCUGUCGGACGUGGAGAAGCUGGCCGAGCGGCUCAGCGAGGCCGAGGAGGAGAUCAAGAAGGUGGAGGAAUCGUCCAGGCCGCUGCAGCCCGCGGGCCUCGCCACGGUCGCGAGGGGCACCAUCGCCGAGGUCUCCGAGGAGGCUGUCCUCGGCGCAGGCGGAGGUGGCCGAGGCGCGAGAGAAGAUCGCAGAGCUCGUGGUGGAUGUGGAGGAGGAGCUCAAGCCCCUCGCAAAGCUCGAGUCGCGCAAGCUCGAGGUGAAGGCCGACACCUUCGACAUCCGCCUCAGGGCCGUGGCCCUGACCCUCCAGAAGGCGCGUUCCCACGCGGCCAAGCUGGAGGCCGCCGAGGUCGACACGCUGCGCGCCCAAGUGGCCAUGGCGCUGCGGGAGAGCGUCGCCGAGAAGAAGCUGACGUCGGACCAGUUUUUCGCAGAGGUCGACAAGGACAGCGACGGUGCGGUCAGCCAGGCCGAGUUCCUCGCUCACUGUAA